AUGUUCACUCCAUUGAGGAGUGGAUCUCUGUCAGUGAAGGUUCCAGACUCCAUACACAUUGAAGAUGUGCACGAUGAGUCUACUCAUUAUUCUGCGUCUGUGCAGACUUCUGAGUCUGUUCAGGACCUGGGCGCUUCGAAAGAAAUUUACAAUGUGGACAUUGUUGAAAAUGAGCCUGGGUCUGAUCGAAGACUUUCUUUUCAAGGUGUCUCUGUUUAUGACUCUUCGUCUGUUCAGGAGGUUGGAUCUACUGGACAUCCUCCUCCUUUCUACAACUCUGGAUAUUCUCAGUAUCCUCUUGCAGUUCAGAUUGUCCGUGUUCCUCAGCAUGUGCAGGAAGACGAAGAUGCUAACCCGAGCCAUAUUUUUCCUCAACUCUCUCUCGCUCUUAAGCCAGAGUCACCGUCAUCUGCCUCGAUGUUGACCUCUCAGCUUCCGGGGAUUUCUGUGGGACAUUCUUCAAUUGAAGAUCCGUUGGCUCGGCUUGAGAAGGGACAGAUCACGGAAUCCAAUGUCACUUCGGGACCGGCCCGACUCGGAUCUAUUGACGUCAAGAAGAUGACAUCAGCCACGAUUCUGUUCGUAUUUGGCAUCCUCGGAGUCAUGGCUAACCUCCGACCUUGCUUCACAUACAAGUAUGGACUUGAUGGGAAGAUCGGAGUUCGACUCCAGAUCUAUGGUCACACGGUGGUCGUCGAGCCUGUCUCAGAGGAUGUCAACGCCGUGCGGGUCAUUGCUUGCCGUCGUUGCCUUGAAAAGCUGCGCAAGUUCCAUUCGGGUUGGAUUCUCCCACCCCAGCCUAUGGAUGGACCCUCUGGACCUGAAUGGAGCUGGAUACAGAUACUUCAAGACUACUGCCAGGCCCAGGGGUUCCAGGAACCCGAGUACGUGGAGGGCCUUUUGGGGACUCAGUACUUUUGCGAUGUUAUUGUGAGAGGCCAGGUUUUCCGCUCUGCCCGACAGUGCAUCACUUUGGGAGAAGCUCGGAAUACAGUGGCCCAUAUUGCAGUGCACCAGCUUCUCAUCGCUGAGGUGACAUCAGGUCCAGAAUCGCCUGAUCCACCGAUGCAUUUGUCCGAUGUCAAACCAUUCACGGAGCCUAUUGCGAAUGAGGAUUUGCCUCUUUCUCUCGUGCAGGACUUUACUAAUUCUCUCGAAGAUGACCUACAGCGCUUGAUGAUGAAUUGUACAUGCCAAAAUCGGCUUCCAACGGCCCAGGCUCAGGCUCCGGAUACUUUAUCUCCAGUGCAGCUACAAAAGGUCAUGAAGAGAGGACCAAGAAGAAGACGAUGGAAAAAGAAUAAGAGCUCCCUUAUUAAGCAGCCCAAGAAACGGUCUCAAAAAAAGGCAAAGCAGACUUCAAGUUCUCCGAUGCAGCAGGCCACGACAACUGGCCGGAUCCCCAAGCCAUCUCCAGUCCCUCCAAGACCCAAUUCAAACCUCAUUCCGCUGCUGAAAAAUCGACUUCCUCAGCUCCCCCAAGAAGAAGAGAAGGCCGAAGAUAAGCUGUCCUUGCUCAAGACAGUUGAGACUGCAUUACGAAAACUUCAUGCCACUGCCUCUUACUGGAGAUUACUGGAACGUAAGUAUUGA